CUAAGUCCUGACCUUUUUUGUUGCCGUGCUCUUGUCCCCGGCAUCAGUCUUUUGAAUCUCCCCCGCUCCGCCACUUUUCACACCCUCUCUGCUUCAAAUAAAAUCUUGGCAAGCACUUCCCGCUCUCUUUCAAGAAUGGAGGUCUCAAUGAGGAGCCCAGAGAGAUCUAUGGUGUGGACGGAGCCGAAGAACAGAGGUAUGGUUCCAGUUGUGUACUAUCUCUCCCGGAAUGGCCAGCUCGAGCACCCUCAUUUUAUGGAAGUAACACUUUCGUCUGCCCGUGGUCUCCAUCUCAGAGAUGUGCUUAAUCGGCUUGAUUUUCUUCGAGGGAAGGGUAUGGCGAGCAUGUAUUCUUGGUCCGCCAAGAGAAACUAUAAGAACGGAUUCGUAUGGCACGAUCUCUCCGAUGACGAUCUUAUUCACCCAGCGCAUGGAAACGAGUACAUACUCAAAGGUUCCGAGCUUCUCCACGGUUUCCCAUCCUCACAGAAAACGCAGGAAACCUCAGAAUCUCAAGAAACCCCUAAAUCGGAAUCUGGAUUCAUGCCGAUUAGACGAAAGAACACGGCGCGGAGCUCCCGAUCUCUCGAUCUUAGCGAGUACAAGGUCUACAAGACCGAUCUCACAGCGUCCUCCGCCGUGAACGCAGACGCUGCAACUCAGACGGACGACAAGCGCCGACGCCGGCGAGCUCAAGCCAAGGACGACGAGGCCGACCGGUCGUUGGUCAUUCGGCCGGAGGAAAAUCCUAGAACAGAGCUCGGCUGUGAUGAGAUCUCACCGCCGCCGUCUUCUUCGAGCCCGGAGACUCUCGAGACUCUGAUCAAAGCCGACGGAAGCAUCAUCAGCUCCGCCUCCGCCGGCGUCAGCGAAAAUUGUCAUUCCGGUCGGUUCCGGGCGUCGGCAUCGGCGGUCGUGAUGCACCUCAUAUCGUGCGGCUCGUUUUCGCUGGUCCCGCCGUGCCGGACAGUACUGCAACGUGGAGCUUCAUCGGAUGAUCAGGAGAUUAGGGAAAUGAACGGUGUGAUGGGGAUUUCGGGAUUGAGCGUUGAGGAAAAGGAGUACUUCAGCGGCACUUUGGUAGAGAUGAAGAAGAAGGGCGAUGGCGGCGAUGGGGUUUCGGACUUCCCCGCGCUCCAGCGUUCAUCAUCGUACAACGCCGAGAGGACAAAUGUUAGAAAUCUGGUGACAGCGGUCGGGAGGUCUAGCAGAGUUCGUCAAUCAAGCAAAGGUUCGACGGUGAUUAAUGGCUUGGCGAAGGUUCAACGUUGAUUAACGAUUUGGCGGUGGUUCAUCGGUGAUCGACGAUCUGGCGGAGAUCGAUUGGUGAUCGGCGGUCGGGCGGAGGUCCAGAGGCA